AUGGGCUCCCGGCUGAGCCGGCAGAGCAGCCUGGAGGAGGAGGGAGCCGCCGCCUCCCCGGCGCCCUACGUGCGGCGGGUGGGGUGGCUGCGGGAGAUCCAAGCCACCAUCCGGGAGCACAAGCGGGAGCACGCCGUGCACAUCCUCAGGCUGCUCAGGAAGGACCUGGGACUGGAAGGAACAUUCCUCAAUGAAGUCCUCUACAAAAACGCGACUUUCCUCAACUUGGUGGAUCCCAUCUCCCAUGACUUGCUGAUGAGCCUUGCUAGAGAUCUUCAGUGUCCCAAAAAGGAAUAUGACCCCUGGAAAUCCUCAGACAGGAUCUGCAGGCAGCUGAUUUACCACCUAACCCCGCACUCGAAAUGGCACCGACACGGCAUGCCCCGGAGGAAGUCCCAAGUGUGCCUGAAGACCAGCCUGCAGAAGAAAGUGAGCCAGGACUCGAUGGAUCUGUCAGGGAUCCCCCUGACCAUGCGGGAUGUCCACCGCAUGGCCUACUACCUGCAGAACAACGGGGACCACCUCACCUCUGUGGACCUGAGCUUCACCGAGCUGAACGAUGACAUGGUGCGCCUGCUGCUGCCCUUCCUCUGGGCGCUGCCCAAGCUCACUCACCUUUCCCUCAACGGCAACCGACUGACGCGGGCGACCAUGAAGGAGCUGACUGACACCAUGAAGGACAUGAACAAGUUCCCUUGCCUGGCCUGGGUGGACCUCGGCAACAACGUGGAUGUUUCCUCCAUGCCACAGCCCUUGCUCGUGGGCCUGCGCAAGCGCCUCAGCCAGCAGACCACGCUGCCUACCAUCUAUGAGGCGCUCGACUGCGACUCAGAGAUCUCCAGCGGGCAGGAGGGCAGCCAGCUGGAGGACGAAGAAGCAGGAAGCACCCCAUCACAUGCUUUCCCUCAACAGGGCUGCGAGAGGUGA